GCGGGGCGACAGGUCUCGGGCCCCAGGCGGAGCGACAGGCGCGGGCCCCCAGAUGGAGCGACAGGUCUCGGGCCCUCAGGCGGAGCGGCGGGCGCCGGACCCCCAGAUGGAGUGACAGGUCUCGGGCCCCCAGGCGGAGCGACAGGUCUCGGGCCCUCAGGCGGAGCGGCGGGCGCCGGACCCCCAAGCGGAGCGACAGGUCUCGGGCCCUCAGGCGGAGCGGCGGGCGCUGGACCCCCAGAUGGAGCGACAGGUCUCGGGCCCUCAGGCGGAGCGACAGGUCUCGGGCCCUCAGGUGGAGCGGCGGGCGCGCCGGACCCCCAGGUGGAGCGACAGGUCUCG